CUGUGUGAAGGCAGGAGGCGGGGAAGCGGGAUGUAGCUUGGAGCGUCCAUCUGCUUGCCACCUCAACCUCUGCUGUGGGGCGAUGGGACCUGUAGAUCACUGAGCCCGGGAACAAGUGCUUCUGAAGGUUCUGGAGCAACUCUCCACCCUAGGCUGGGUUCCACGUUAAAGAGAUCAGCUCCUACCAACCCCCAGGAAGAACUGGGCUCUUCCUAUUCCCCCCACCAUCUUCUCAUAAAUUGUCAUGAGUGAUCUGUGAAGGGAAGGAGAGCUAGACUUCACACUGAGCAGCUGCAGUCGGAGAAACCAGAGAAAGCGCCACCCAGCCCCAGAUUCCAAGAGGCCUGCUGGGGACUCCCUUCUCUUCCUCCUCCUCCUCUUCCUCCUCCUCCGAAGACCCUAAAGCCACUAUCUCACAUCAGCUCCUGAGCUGUAAUGGGACUGGCAGCCACCGCCCCCUGGCUGUCCUCUGCCCUGUCAAGCAGAUAGGGCUGACAGGGUGGUAGCUACCCCAGGAGUACCUGCUCCUCAGCCUGGGCCAGCCCUUCCUGGACUUGGUGGCUACCUUUGCUGACCUGAGGCCAUGUAGGCCCUAGCUCAAGCCUCUGGACAGACUGCUGGGGACAGUGCCUCUGUUCUCAGGGGCCACCCAGUACACCAUCAUGCCCUGGGGACUCUCCUGGCUGUACUGUCUUGGGGUCCUUCUUGGCGUGGCUUUGGGGAAUGAGAACUUGGAGAUGUGGACUCUGGCCCAGGAUAAGGAGUGUGAUCUCACAGGCUACCUUCGGGUCAAGCUGCAGUACAAGAACCGGCUUCAGUACAUGAAACAUUACUUCCCCAUCAACUACAGGAUCGCCGUGCCUUAUGAGGGGGUUCUCAGAGUCGCCAACAUCACAAGGCUGCAGAAGGCCCGGGUGAGUGAGCGGGAGCUGAAGUACCUGUGGGUCUUGGUGAGUCUCAAUGCCACCGAGUCUGUGCUGGACGUGCUGCUCGAGGGCCACCCAUCCUGGAAGUAUCUGCAGGAGGUUCAGACAUUGCUGGAGAACGUUCAUCGGAGCCUCAUGGAUGUGGAGAUCGGGCCUCAUGUGGAAGCCGUGAUAUCUCUUCUGAGUACCCCAGGCCUAAGCCUGAAGCUGGUGCGGCCCAAAGCCUUGCUGGACAACUGCUUCCGGGUCAUGGAGCUGCUGUACUGCUCUUGCUGUAAACAAAGCCCCAUCCUAAAAUGGCAAGACUGUGAGCUGCCGAGUCUCCAUCCCCACAGUCCAGGGUCCUUGAUGCAAUGUGCAGCUGCCAAACUGUACCCUUUGCCUCGGCAGCCCCCCACCUCCCUGCCCAGUUCCCCAGGCUCAAGCCGUGGCCGGUUACCCUGAGUAGUCUGUGCGUGUGUGAGACCCUAGGUCGGGCCACUGGAUGUUUUAGGAACUGGCCUGGGUCUGAGGCUUUCCUGGAUGGUGGGUAGGUAGCUCUUUAGGAAAGACCUCCUGGGAAAGGCAUUUUGCCUUCCUUAACACAACCAGGCCCAGCUUCCUGCCUUCGUACCUGUGGUAUCACCUGGAGCCUCAGGGGGAGGGAGGGGGAAGACUCUGGAGGGGAAGGCCAGUUGCUCCCUCCACUUCCACCCGUGCCUGUGUGUGGCUGGUUGCGAAAUCUGCAAGCACUACUGCCCCACAGGUGGGUGCCUGGCGACGGGGUGCCACACAGGUUUCGAGGCUCUCUGGGGCUUUCCAAUUGUUCUGAAUGUGGGGUGCGGGGCUGAGGACUGACCAAAUGCCGUUAUCUUGCCACAACAGCGCUCUUCCGGUCCCUUUUUCUAUUAAAACAGCCACUUGUUUGGUUUGGCUUGCA